CACGAGAUAAAGUUGAGUUGAGAUCCGAGCAAAGUCGGAGAUAAGACAGCAAGAUAACGAAUGAACAAGGCUGCACGGGGAGCUGCUACGCCCUAAUCAACAGAAGCGCUUAUUCCCUGUGCUCUGGUAGAUUCUUCGCCAUGUCUUCACCAUAUCCAAACAAUCCUCCACAAUAUAGUUACGCGCCUCAACAGCCGCCACCUAGCUAUCCACCUCAACAGCCGCCACCCCCUCAGUAUAUGCCAGGACCAUCAGCCAACUAUAACAAUCAAAACCAUUCAAUUCAGAUAGUGAAUACUGGCUCCCAGCCUCAGGCAUCACCCGUCGUGUAUGUCGCCAACGGUUCCUGUCCCAACUGUCGGGUUGGCUUUUUCGUCGAUGACUUCACUUGCUGCGGCAUCUGCCUGGCAAUCUUCUUCUUCCCCAUUGGCCUGAUCUGCUGUUUUGCGAUGCGGGAGAGAAAAUGCUCCAACUGUGGCCUCACUUUCGGUUAGCGCGAGUUUCAUUUCGAGGAUUUUUGUGGAAUUUUGAGGUAAUAAUAAGCAUAGCCAUCUUUAAAUGUAGAAUAAACGGGAUAUAAAAAAGAUCCUGUGUCUAUUUACCACUGCUAGUUCACUUUUAAAACUCAAGCCUGAUGUUCCUGAAUCAGUAAUAGGUUUAUUGUGGAAGCAACAUCAACUUUGGCUUACGUACUCGCAGUGCAUUUUCCUUAGCAUACUUUUCAGCGUCAUUUCAACUUCUAAAUUAGAUAUUCUUAUGCAGAACCCGCAGUUUGUUUUUCCUUAAUUUUACGGUCAAUUUCAAUACACCAUUAUACAUUUCAUUUUAAAUAAAUGUUUGGCAAAAUUAUCAGUAUUUUGAAGGCUGGAAUCCCGAAAAAUAAUGAAGUAUAUGUGAAUAAGCACAGAACAAAGGGAAAUCUAUCUAGAUAAUGGUAAACUGAAUUUGGUUAAAGCUGAUGAUUAUUUUGCUUAGUGAACAGCCGAUCUUAUACCAUGCUCCUGAUUCAAAAUUCGUUUCAGCCAGAUAACGAUUAUUCGUGAAUAAUCAAUAAUGCUUCUUGUUACUAUCGCCUAGUGCCACCAGAAAGUAAGGUUUGUUUAUGUCUAUGAGACUUCUUAUAUCUACAAAGAUGAUGAUACUAAAGCGAUUUUUUCAGUUGUUUUAUUAUAUAUAUCCAGUAUUGGAACAUUGUUCCCCUGUCUACAUGCCAGUUGUCCCUAGGCUCUCCGUCUUUUAGAUAGAAUAUUUCCACAGAUAGGGUUCUUGUUCAAGCAUUGGCAACUCCGAUUUAGAAUUUUAGAUCAUAGUGGGAAGACCUUCUGUUUACCAAGCUCAUGUAAGCUCUUCAACAAGCAACUCCUGUAAUUGUCUUAAUGGCCUCCACUUGUAGAAUAAAGGAAUGUCAAUUC